CUGUUCUCAAAAUUCGCAAUGGCGGACGACGCUGAACUGGAUUUGCUCAAUCACAAACUGCAGCUGCAGCAGGUUGAAGCUGCCCUGGAAUUAGAUAAAGAUAACCAAGAUUUAAAGAGCUUGAAGGCAGAUUUGGAGGAAGUCAUACGGUUAUCGGUUGAGCUUCUUGGUAAGAGCUCCGAUCCUCACGAGAUCGAGUGGCACGUUGGUGACCACUGCAUGGCAAUGUGUUCUCGUGACAAACUGUACUACAAGGCAACGAUAUUGGAAUUUCUUGGUGAAUCAAGCUGUGUGGUCAAUUUUGAAACCUACGACACCACGGAUGUAUGCCAGCUGUCCCAUCUGAAGCCUGUCACCACUGUCGCCCCUGUGUCAAAGAAAAAGAAGCGCGAUGUAAAGGCCCGUGCAAUCGAGAAGAAAAAGUUGAAGAAAAUAAAACUACAGCAACGUGAGGAAGAGAUAGAGAAUUUAUGCGAGAGCGAAAAGAACCGUUGGCUCAAUUUUAGCAAAAAGGUGUUAAAAAUAGGCAAGACCAGGAAAAGCAUCUUUGCUUCUCCUGAAGCUUUGGAUGGGCGAGUUGGUGUCGGAACGUGCGGUAUUGCUGGGAGACCUAUGACAAAAUUCACCAUGAUCAACCACAACGUGCAUAAAAACUAGUCAUUUUUGUUUUUGUAUAUAAUGUAAAUACAAGUUUGUACAUACUGUUGCC